AUGCCACAGGACAUGCUCAUGAAGGUCGUUGACGAAGCGAUCGACAAUCACGGAGCGGUUCGCUUUCAAAAUGAGUGUGGCAUGAGCGUCGAAGGAUUUCUUGAGCUCCUGAGGACCUACCUGUUGCCUUCGAUAGUGGAGUUCGAAGGGUCUCUAUACCGGCAGAAGCAAGGAAUCUGCAUUGGUUGUUGCCUGGCGCCCGUGCUAAGCGACUUGCUAAUGGCACAUUUCGAUCGGCAAUUGCAGAAAAAACUUGGCGAUUUCACUGUUGUACGCGUAUUUCGAUACGUGGACGACUAUCUGGUGCUUUUCCAGGCGGAGGAAAAUUCCAUUGAAGCUCGCUCAAGGCAGCUUCUUCAUCUAUUUGAGGCAACCCUCGACGGCCUAACCCUGACUAUGGAGCUGCCAACUCAGCAACGUUUGAGGUUCCUGGACUUAGAACUCACAUUCGGAAGAGAACACGUCUGUUGGGCGUACUCUCCCCGCUCCAAGAAGGCCUUGCUCCCGUUUACCUCUGGCCACUCCAAGCUAGUCAAGCGGGGCAUCGCGGUAUCAGCAUUGAGGAACGCAUUGCAGCGAUCUUGCCACCACAAGAUCCAGGACAGCUUUGUUACCCAAACGGAGAGGUUGAAUGCUGCCGGGUUUCCCUCUCACAUGCUAUGUGAAUUGGCGACAAUGCUUUUGCGCAAGAAACGCACCGAUGCUGCAGAAAAAGACAAAGUACAGGAGACACGCCCAAAGACUGCGGUAAUCCCUUAUAUUCACGGCGUCUCACAUCGCAUCAAAAAGAACGCGGGACGCGUAGGUGUUCGUGUUGUCUUCAGCGCCCAAAACAAGCUCGGAGCCAUGUGCCGCCAAGUGAAUUCUCGUGAACACAGGACGCCGACUUGCACCAAGAAACACGUCACGUCCUUCGUCGAAUGCCAAAGGAACGUCGUGUACGAGAUCCCCCUGACGUGCGGACUGGUGUACGUCGGUCAAACGGGGCGGUGCCUCAACGAACGUCUAAGGGAACAUAAGGGCACGUUAAAGAGUGGUACGGGAAGCAACUUGGCACUUCAUUGCAUAAAACAGUGCGCGUCAGCCCACUGCGCACCUGAGCUGGAGAAGACGCGAGCACUUAAAAGAUAUGGAAGAAAACAAGAGCAUGAGAUCAAAAGAUAUAGAAGCAGGAUGAGCGUAACUGUGGGUCAAGAGCAGUCCGGUUUGCCCAACAACACAACCCCACAGUCCAAUCGCCGGCUCCAGUACUCUUCCGCUUCUCCACCAUUAUGA